UGCGUGUGUGGGACCCUACUGGCCUUUUCAAGUCUCUCUCAGACCAAAGCGGAAGAUGGAGUCCUCCUGGGGGACUGGGGAUUUGGACCCUGCACUGCAACUCUGAGACCGGUGGGAACGUGCAGACCGGGGGAGCACGACAGCACAUGCCCGUACCACAUCACUCUCCCUCCUCUGGUGGUUCAUUUGCCGCAAAGCCUCUUGGAGCUGGGGAACAUCAUGCAGGACCUGCAGAGACUGAAGGACAGUGUCGAUGAGCUAAGGGAGAUGUGUGCAGAUUGUACGGGGUGUCAAGCCGGGAGGAACUGUGGGAGGCCGAGCGAAGGAGAGCCGAAAGGAGGUAAGAGCGCGAGUGAGGAUGAGGGGGACUGGAUGAAUGAGAGACAUGAAGAGAAUGACGGCGAUUUCAGACAGGAGUGCGGAAAAGACGGCGUUAAGGUGGAAACGAUGGACAGAGAUAACGACAUGGAAAAAAAGUUGAAAGACAGGAACGAAUGGGAAACAGGGGGACUUCCAAAAGUAAACAAGAGAGAAGAAUCUGUGACCAAGGGGGCAAGAGGAGAAGACACGUUAGAGGAGUCAACGACCCCAGUUUCUGGUGGAAACAUACAAACUAUUAAUAUGACAAGAGAGAGGAUUGCUGAGAUAAAUCCCACAUGGAGUGGGAGGAAAAAUCAAGAUAUGUUAGAGAAAAACAAGGAAAAAACAAAAGAAGAAAGUGGGCAUCCCAUAUGGCGAGAUAAGGCAAAGAAGCUGGACAAAAAUACCAAAGCUGAAGCUUUUGAUAGAAUAAAGAUGUCACAGAACCACACGGUGAAUAUAAAUAAGGAACCGGAGCAGAUGGAAAAGGAAAUGGGAAUAAAAGUGGACCCAAAUAAAAAGAAACCCAAGCAGGCAGAGAGGUUUGGGAUCACAGAAAAUGGUGGGGAGAUUAAAACAGAGAGUGUGCAGAGAGACGGCGAUGUAGGAACAUCAUCCAGCGAGAAAACUGAAAAGACAGACUUUUUAUCGAUCAGACCGACUCCCAUUACGGCCGGAUUAACUUCAAGGCCGGACUUGAGUGACACUAAAAGCUUUACAUCAUCUCUUCCAUCACCUUCUCUGCUCAGCCCCACUUUAAGCUCCAUCACAGAUGUCAUUCCUGACCCAAAAGCUGGUUAUGAAGCAACGGGAAGCACAGAGGCCAGUGCAGCUGGUGUUGUUGAGCCCCACAGCCAAGUUAAGGCAAAGGUACCCACAGCAACAGCAACAAUAUCCACAGUGGGUGGUCCACAUGAGCAGAUAACCCAUGCUGGAGGAGUGUUAACUAUAACAUCUUCAACCACCUACCACUCCUCAUCAGAGUUUAUUCAUGACGUCAUCACCCAGAGAUACAGAUCGCAGUCGCGAGACAGCAAAGAAGAACAUCAGCUCAAAAACCAAGACGGGUCAGAAACCUCCACCAGUCCGAGCACGAGGCAAGUCUGGUGAAAAGCAUAAACCUGGAUCUAAGGCUGAAGCACAGAACAGACAAAGGAAUGCCAAGAACGACCAUAAACCAAAGCCAGGUCCUUCAGUGGAGGGAAAAACUAAACUCAACCAAAAGCAGAAGCCUCACAAACCCACAGCUGUAAAAUCCAAACUUGGCAAAGAAUCAAAACAAAUCCAAAAUAAAAAAUCUGGCCUAAGAACGCCACCAGCUAAUUUAACAAGUGAGGAAAAUCUGAAAGACAGUUUGACGCAUAAGCAGGACGUACCAAUUAAUGAAUCCAAACCGAAGCAAAAUUCUUCAGCUUCUGUCCAGAGACCUGCAGCUCAAAGACCUCAACCUGUGAACGCGACACAUUCAGGUAAACAUACAUUAAUCAACACAGACUCUGAUGUAGUAUCAAAGUUGGACCAAAAUGUAAAAAUAAAUUAUUAAACUUUUUGCCACUGAUAAAUCUGACCCAAAGUCGAUCAAAAGGCUGGACAGUGAGGAAAUAACAACCGAAACUUUUGAAUUGAGUCAAAAUCUUAAUUAUGCACCCAAUCCAACUGCUGCAACCAAUCAUCCCACAAACAAAUCCAUUCACAAAAUCCUGACAUUAAAUCCAAAACCUGAACAUUUCCUAGAGUUUGAAUCAACACCAAAACCAAACCAAACCCCUUUAAAUGAAUCUGUGAGCAGGCUUGGAGAAAAUAUUGCACAAGAGAUGAAAAACAGUCCAGAUUUAACUGGACAAAACGUUACUGCCCAUCGACCUCAUCCUGCCCCUGAUAACAUGAAUGAUUCCAGUCAGGAACAAUUUAAGCCUUCCCAGGACUUUCAACCAAAAACAGCAACACCCUUAACUGAGGCAGUGGACAAGUGUGAAGAAAAUUCCUUGCCGGAGCCCAAAUCUAAUCCAGAUUUGACACCUGGACAGACAUCUGCACCGGAUCAAGCUAGUUUGACCCCUGAUCAGAAGAAAAAUUCAAGCUGGGAUCGCCUUAAAACCAAACACAAAACAGAAAUCACUGAAGAAUCUUCAUUUGAAUCUAACAAAAGGGAAACGUCUACAAAAAAACCCAAACAAACACUGUUAAUUGAGCCAAUGAACAAAUCAGAGGAAAAUACCUCACAAGAUCAUAGAUCAAAUCCAGAUUUAACACCUGGAUGGACAUCUGCACCGGAUCGAGCUGCUGUGACCCACCACCCGAAGAGCAAAUCCAAUCAGGGAAUCCCUAAAACUAAAUCCAAACCUAAACCUAUCAUACCUAAAUCACAGAGCAGUGAAACUGGUGCUUCACCAAAACAAAACCACAAAACUUUAACCCAUUUUGGAUUUAAAUCUGAAGAAAAUCCCUCCCUGAAGUCUAAAAACCAUCCAGAUUUAACACCUGGACAAAAGGUUACGCCUGAUCGAGACAAUACAACACUUCAAUAUCGGAAUAACUCUAGCCAGGAGGACCACAGACUUAAACACAAACCGGAAACUAACAAAGAGGAUAAAUUUGAGACAGCAGCUAAAUCCGGUAAACACAUUUUGCCGGAGUUAAAACCAAAUCCACAUUUAACACUUGGACAGGAAUCCGUACCAGAUCCGGUUACGAAAAACCCUGAUCAGAAGAAUAAAUCCAGUGAGGAUCGUCCAAAAGAUAAACACACACCAGAAACUAUCCAAGAGCUUAAGUCUUACAAAAGUGAAACAGCAACUACAAAACCUUCAACUGAGUUAGAGGACAUGUCUGAAGAGAAAUCCCGUCAGGAUUAUACGCCUGAUCCAGGUUUAAGACCUGGACAAAGAUCUACACCAGAUCAAGCUCCUACAAGCCCCGAUCAGAUGAGAAAAUCCAGUGAGGAUCAAAACAAAGAUAAACACAAACCAGAACAUAUCCAAGAGCUUAAGUCUAAUAAAAGUGAAAGUGCAACACUAAAACAUUUUCCAGACUCAGUGGACCAGUCUGGAGAUCUGCAGGACCCUACACUCUAUUUAGAUUUAACACCUGGACAAACAUCUAAACCGAACAAAGCAACAGCCACCCCUGAUCAAAUGAAUAAAUCCAACAAACAACAGCUUAAAACCCAGACUUCUCAAGAGUCAAAAUUCAAAACAGCAACACAAAAACCUUCAACUGAGUCAUGGGACAAGUUUCCAGAAAGAUCCCUGCAGGGUCCCACGUCUAAUCCGGGUUUACCAGCUGGACAGACAUCUACAAUAGUUCUAGCUAAAGCAACAACUUAUCAGGUGAUUAAAUCCAGCCAAGAUCCCCUUAACCCUAAACGCAACCCAGAAAAAACUGAUGAGUUAAAGUCAACGCCAAAACCCAACCAAAAACAUUUGGCCAGAUCAGAGGACAAGUCUGAAGAAAAUGAUUUGAAGCAAACCAAAUUGCCUCUAGAUUUAGAACAUGGACAAUCAUCUACACCGGAUCAGGGAACGACAUCCCCUGAUCUGGUGAACACAUUUAACAACGAAUACGUUAACACUCAAGCUUCUAAGACGUUUAAAUUCGACAAAAGUGAAACAGCCUCUCAAAGAACUUCAACCGAGUCAUGGGACAAGUCUGAAGAAGCAUCUUUGCAGGGGCCUACACCUAACCCCGGUUUAACAUAUGGACAUAGAUCUACAUUGGAUUUAGCAACUGCAACACCCAGUCAGAUGGAGAAAUUCCCCAAAAGUAACAUUCAAACCGGACCUUCCCGGGAGACUAAAUUCAACAAAAGUGAAACAGCAAGACCAAAACCUUUAACUGAGUUAUCGGGCAAGUCUGAAGAAGCAUCUCUGGAGGAACAAACGUUUAAUCCAGGGUUGGAACCAGGAGAAACAUCUAGAUCAGAUCUAGUCACCGCAACACCUGAGCAGAUUAAGAAAUCCAUCCAGGACCAUCAUGAAGCCAAAUACCAUCCAGAAACCAUCAAGGGGUUUAAAUCUAACAAAAGUGAAACAGCAACACCAAAACCCUACCAAAGCCCGUCAUCUGAGUCAAAGAGCAAAGAGCAGGAGCAUAGAAACAGUUCACACUCGACAUCUCCACCUGAUCAAGGUAUGACACCACCAAACGUAAGGUCUAAAACCAGCCACAAUGUUACUAAAUUUAACAAACCACCUAAAACUGGUCAAGAGCUCAAACAAAAACAGAAAAAUCCAAAGGCUGGUCCAAGCUUAAAGAUUAGACCAAAUGCAAACCUUAAAACCAACCAAACCCAACAAACAAAUCCGAGGCUGAAAACUCCCAAACCUGGCUCAAGGCCUAAUCUAAAACCAAUAUCUGUGCCCGGGAAAAUCCCGAAAGCAACGUACAACAAAACAUCUAAACUGAGGCCUCCGUUCCGACACAGACCAUCAACAAGACCUACAGUCAAACCAGGAUUUAAACCCAUCCAGAGGUCAAAACAAGCAGUGGAAUCAGAGCCAAGUCCACAAACCAAAACAGAUCCACCUCAGAUCAGCUGGGGCCCAUCAGGCAACAUCCACAACUCUCGUAGUGACAUGCCACCUACAUCUGGGCUCGUAAAACAGACUGCUGAAGUGAGUCAUACCCCAGGGGAAACAGAGUUCAGCACCAGUGUGAGGAAAACCAUAACUCUGAGACCAAAGACCUCUAACAGCUUGGAAACUGGAUACUUCCCUGCCCUUCACACACCCCCCGAAGACGUCACAUCGAGCCCAAACACCAGGGUUACGUCUGAUCUGAGGCCACAAACAGCCGGUCCACCGUCGUCUGACCCAAUGACAACAAGACCAAACAAAAUCAACCAUGGGAUCCUCCAAAAUGUUAUCACUAGCACCGGUCCAGGAUCUACACAGCCGAGUGUGUCUAAGGCUGAGACACUUCACGAGGAAGACAGUCCCCCCGCAAGUCCAGUUCCUUCACCCAGUUUGGAAACUACCUCCACACUCAGCCCCGACUUCAGGCCAAAGACCUCCUCCACCUCUGGCCACGAGCCUCCACCUGCAGAGCUGUCCACUCCCAGUCCACGAGAGCUGCGUGUGAAAAUCAACCAGGUGACAGCGUUUGUCAACAACAGCCUGAUUCCUAACCGUGGACCAGGAGAGCUUCCCAAGGAGCAGCCAGAGGGGUCCAAGAGAGGCGGGGGGCCUGAGAAGACAGACGGUAAAUUGCCAACAUCUGCAGCAUUUACAGCAUUAAGAGACUGCUCAGACCACAGCCUCAGAGGCAGGACCAGGAGCGGAGUUUACCUGGUGACUCCCGACCUCCGCAGCAGCAGCUUCCCGGUGUUCUGUGACAUGGAGCUGGAAGGUGGCGGAUGGACCGUCCUGCAGCGCCGCCUGGACGGCAGCGUCAGCUUCAACCGCACCUGGGUGGAGUACCAGGCCGGGUUCGGAGUCAUAGACGGAGGAGAGUUCUGGCUGGGCAACAGCAAGAUGCACCUGCUGACCCGGGACAGGGACAUGAUGCUGCGGGUGGAGCUGGAGGACUUUGACGGAGUGACCGAGCAUGCGCAGUACGAGCACUUCAGGGUCGCCAGUGAGCGGCUCCGCUACAGGCUGACGGUGGGCGGGUACUCGGGUACGGCAGGUGACGCUCUGCGCUUCAGCAGAACCUACGACCACAACAACAGGGCGUUCACCACACCUGACAGGGACCACGACCGCUACCCCUCCGGCAACUGCGGGGCCUACUACAGCUCCGGCUGGUGGUUUGACGCCUGCAUGGCUGCCAACCUCAACGGCAGAUAUUAUGUUGGGAAGUAUAAAGGAGUUCGGGACGGGAUCUUCUGGGGAACGUGGCACAACAUAUCCACAGAGUACUAUCCCACCAAUGAGAGACAGUCUUUUAAAUCAGUGAGGAUGAUGAUCCGACCAAAGAGCUUUGGCUCGCGUUAAUAUAGUAAAUAUGAAACGUUCCUGUCAGGUUUGACCAUGAACCGUCUUUAACAAUCGUUUUUAUCAUCAACCCAGCGCUGCCACCUGGUGGCCCUAAAUCCAACACGUGGUUUAAUUCUCCAGAUUACAGAAAUCAAGGAUGUGCACGCGCUAUAUUGCCAAAAGAUUGGAGAAACCCAUCCAAAUAAUUGGAUCACGUGUUUCAGCCAUGGUCACAGAUAGGUUUGAGCCGGUAUUAUAAGCUUCAGUAAAAAAA